AUGACACGAGAGGGUUCUCAUGUCGAUAUGAAAGGUAAUUUGCAUUUCAUGAAGAAGCUACCAGCUGGUGCGGAAGCGUCUAAUAUCCUGGUCGGUGAAGUGGACUUCCUGACUCAUCAUAUCACGGCAUUUGUUCGAUUGAAAAAUGCAGCAAUACUUGGCGAUCUCACUGAAGUAAGCUACCCUCAAUUCACAUACGUAUUUCAGCGCUUGGUUUUUAAAAAGAAAUAA